GGAGUUACAUGCCUGUCAACACGUUAGGUUUAUGGGGAUCAAUGGGGGGGUGUCCGACCUGCUCAAUUAUAUCAGUCUCAAAAAGGAAAGGCUAUUUGUUUAUGUUGAUGAAAAGUUGAAACAUUGAUUUAGUGAUACAUAGGUCCCAAUCAAUCGACAGCUGCACAUAAUUCCCAACUUCAAAGUUUGUUUAUCUAUUUAUUGAGGGGUUUUUUUUGUUGGUUUUUUUAUUUGGUGGGUUUUUUCAUCUAUUUUGUCAGCAUAUAAAGUAUAAGAAAUAAUAUUAACAUGAAGUUUUAUUUUAUAAUGAAAUGAAAUAGAAAAAAUGACAGAUCACGUAAUCUCAACAACUUUUAAAAUGCUAUAUCCGAUCACCGAAAAAGCGUCAUCUGAAUGCCCCCAUGGGGGUACCCCAGAUUUGUAAUUCGGUGGUCCUCUAUGGGCACCUAGUCAACCGUAUCGUGGACGGAAAGAAGGCACGAAGUUUUUACUUCGGAACACACUUUCGAUAGAGGGAAUAUAAUUAAACAGGAGAUUUUGAAGACGAACAAUGUCUGAACUAUUGGGACACGUCCCAAACUUUAAGAAGCUUCGAGGGAAGCCAAAUGACGAUGGUCUGGACCGAAUGAGUCACGUGGUCACAGUAGUCAUUCUCAUCAUUUUCACUGUGGCCAUAAGCUCAGGUCAGUUUUUCAAAGACCCGAUAGUAUGCUGGAAUCCGGCGGAAUUCAAAGACCACAUGGAGUCGUAUACAAAAUGGAACUGUUGGGUGAAGAAUACUUACUAUGUGCCCAUGACAGAGGAAAUUCCGCUCAAUAUCGACCAGCGACAGUCGGCCGAACUGACGUAUUAUCAAUGGGUACCAAUUAUAUUACUUUUUAUGGCAUUUUUGUUCAAACUACCCAACAUGAUUUGGAGAAUUUUCAAUAGUGGAUCGGGCUUGAACAUGGAUAAGUGUAUUUAUUUCGCGGAGAAGGCGCAGUACGAUAGUCCCGAAGACAGACAGAAAUCGCUCCAUGCUCUAGCGAGAUUCAUGGACAAAUGGCUAGACACCAAUAAAGAAUACAAAUGGAACGUGUUCGUCCGCACCAAACACCAGGCUUCCCGCUUCCUCUGUUUCUUCUGCAAUAAACGCGCUGGCAGAUACCUGACCGCCAUGUACCUGUUUGUCAAAGUCUUGUAUCUUGCUAACGCUAUCGGACAACUCUUCCUGCUGAACGCCUUCCUGUCUACAUCGUACAACUUUUAUGGGUUUGAAUUCAUGGACAACAUGGCGCAGAAUGGCCCAUGGAGAGAGAGUCCGAGAUUCCCGCGCAUCACCCUCUGUGACGUUCGUAUUCGUCAACUCCAGAAUCUACAGCGCUUUACCGUACAAUGCGUGCUCCCUAUCAACCUCUUCAACGAGAAAAUCUUCAUCUUCAUUUGGUUUUGGUUGAUUUUCAUUGCGUGCAUCUCGGCCUUUAACCUUUUCCAUUGGACAUAUCUUAUCAUGUUAACCAAAAACAAAGUCGAUUACGUCAAGAAGUUUCUGAAGAUUAACAACGAACUGCACACAAAUUUCGACAAGAAACUGGCCGCCAAAUUCGGCGAAAGUUACCUUAGGGAUGACGGCGUCUUCCUACUGCGAAUCAUUGCCAGAAACACCACCGAUCUGGUGGUGACGGACCUCGUCAAAGAAUUAUGGGAAAUCUUCAAAGACAAACAAAAUACAAAAAAGAACAGGGAGUUGGAACCGGAAAUGGACACUAACAUGCUUGACGAGGCCAAGGAACCACUCACGUGAUCAACUUUGACUGUAGAUUUUUUUCCAAGCGUUUCAUGUGAUGCCUCGGUUGUUGGGACCAAGUGCCUUUCGAGUUUUUGCCGGCUGCAUUUUAUAGGCCUUUCAUGUCAAAUCUGAAUUAGUCUCAGGCCAGUCUUUAAUGUCACCACUCAGACCUGGUGCUUUAUCAUGUUUCACGAUUUAGUUCAGUAGUCAUAAAUGUGUUCCUCUUUUUUUUUUUUUUGUUCUUUUUUUUUUGUAAUUGGUAUGUUAACAACUAAGUUGAACUAACCCUUAUAAUGCAUUACAGAAUCUAGUCUCGUUAAACAUGAUUAUCUAAGUAAUGGUAUUUACAUGUAUGUGUUACUACCAUCAUCUCCAUAGAUAGUUAUAGAACUGUUGCUCUCGCCGGGGGGGGGGGGGGGGGGGGACCUAUAUUUCCCCCCACAGAGAGAGUAGCCUACAGUUCUGUAGCUAGUCUGUGGUUUAAAACAAUGUGUUACUAACCAAGAAAAGUUUCGGAAGUUAGAUGCGAGAUAUUGGUUGUGAGAAUUAGUAGACAUUUAUAUGCUUGAGUUUCCUUGUUUUAUUGUAUGAAAUGAAUGCCUUCAGUUUCUGAAAGGUUAAACAACGAAUCCCUGUCUUCCUAUGUAUAGAUCGUGAUGUACUAUACAUAAUAGCUAGCUUUGUAAAUAACGCCAGGAACAAACAUUGUCAUUUGAGGUAUUAGGUAGAGAAGUCUCUUUUUUUCUCUUUGCUGUAAGCGGACAUAAUUUUCCUUCAUGUAUCGUACACAUAUAUUUUGUUCCCGUAAUAUGAAUGUGAUCUCAGUCACGUGACACGCAAAUUUUGGUAUAUAUAUAUGGCAUUUUAUUAAUGAUGUUUUUAUUGCAUUGCCUUUUGUUUAAACUGUGACAUAGCAAAGUUGGGCACUAUGGUAAUUUAUAAUGAUUGUCAAUGAAGCAUUCCUUGUAAAGAAUAACUUCAGAUUAUUAUUUUUGUAAAUCAGAAGAAACUUUUUAUUGCUCUGUAGAUAUAUAAAAAAUGAAAAUGCA